GUCAAGAACUCGGGGCUCUCUUCUCGUCGGGACUUCUACUCUGGCGUUGGGUUUACUUCGAACUCGACGGGUUGGAUUAGACAAGGGAGGAGAACUAGACCUGGACUGAGAAGUGCGACUAGCUAUAGUACUCGUUGUUUCUCGACUACUACAUCUAGGACCGGCGAGGAGAGUACCAACACUAAUACCAAUACGACUCGAUCGACUGCUGCAAUAGCAUCAACGCCAACGACGACGACAACGACGAAGAUGUACCCGCCUAAUCAGCCAUUCGAGACUGGGAAACUGAAGGUUUCUGAUAUCCACGAGCUUUACUACGAAGUAUCAGGGAACAAAGAUGGGAAUCCUGUUGUUUUCCUCCACGGUGGACCAGGUGGUGGAACCGAUCCUGCCGAUCGAGGGUUCUUCAAUCCGGACAAGUACAAGAUCAUCCUCUUCGACCAACGAGGAUCUGGCAAGUCGACGCCAACCGCGUGCGUAGAAGAGAACACGACGUGGGAUCUCGUCAAGGACAUCGAGAAGUUGAGGGAGAAAUUGGGGAUUGAGAAGUGGCAUGUCUUUGGAGGGUCUUGGGGAUCGACGCUGUCUCUGGCAUACGCCCAAUCGUACCCGGAGAGGGUCAAGAGUCUCGUCCUGCGAGGAAUCUUCACCCUCCGCAAAUCCGAGCUCACUUUCUUCUACCAAAACGGCGCGUCCCACCUCUUCCCGGAGGCGUGGGACGAGUACCUCGAGCCCAUCCCCGAGAGCGAGAGGGGGGAUAUGAUGUUGGCGUACCAUAAGCAGUUGAACUCGCCUGAUGAGGCGGUGAGGAUGAGGGCUGCGAAGGCGUGGUCCAAGUGGGAGAUGUCUACCUCGAAGUUGUUUGUGGAUCCGGAGAAUAUUGCGAGAGCUGGGGACGAUAAAUUCGCACUAGCCUUUGCCCGUAUCGAGAACCACUACUUCAUCAAUGAGGGCUUCAUGCGCGACGGCCAACUCCUCGAGAAACAGGCUAUUGACAAGAUCCGCCACAUUCCUACUGUCGUCGUCCAAGGGCGAUAUGAUGUUGUUUGUCCUGCUACAACUGCAUGGGAGUUGAAGAAGGUCUUCCCCGAACUCACGCUUCAUAUCGUUCCCGAUGCGGGUCACUCUUCGCGGGAGGAGGGAAUUGCGAAGCUUCUCGUCGAGGCUACCAACAAGUUUGCCGACCUCUAGGUCUGCCGGAUGGAUAUGGCUAGGUCUAGCUGACGCUCACGGUCGAGACUCAUUCGAAUGGAACGAAACAUCUCAGACUAGUUCGGAAUGUAUUGAAUCCCUCGUUCAAUCGAGGUGUGUAUUAGUAUGUGUUACGAUGACUGCCUCCCAAGUACAUAGUAGUUUCAUAAAACGCGAUAUGAAAUCCAUGUGACGGUGAAGAAUGUGACCAACAUAUCC